UAUUUUGAAAACCCUUUCUCACUCUCUCUCUCUCACACACACAAACAAUCUUUGCAGAGGAAAAUGCAAGGAAGAAAGGGAGAGGAUGAAAUUAGGGCUAAAAUGGCAGAACUAGGAUUGAUUUGCGAUAAAGAAUCCGAGAUUCGACAUCAAAAACUCCAAAGCGCCACUCUUUCUUUCCAUAAAUAUCUUCAAUCUAGCAAGUCUAAAGCAGAUCAAUCUAUAUCUAUCAAUGAUAAUAUUGGAAAGUUGAAAGCAGAGUUGAGGGCGGCAGAAGACGAUUAUGUCAAAGCGCUUUCGGUAAAGAACCGGAAAGAGAAAAAAAAGAUGACUUUAUCAGAUUCCAUAUCCGCUACAAAAGCUAGAAUUGAAGAACUUAAGAAAAUUGUGGCUGACCAAAGGACCAGAAAGGACGAAUAUACAGAGCUCAUAUCAUACCAGUCUAAAGUUUUGAAGGAAUGCGAAGAAAAGCAUAUGCAAGAUGCAGAAUGUAUAAAGGAAAUAGAAGAGGCGUUUUCCUGGUAUAAUAGGGUGCUUGGCUUCAGAAUCGAAAGGGGACGUGGAAUAAAAUUUAUAUUCACCAACAUGAAUCCAAAGAAUCCAAGUGAAGAGUAUUCCUUUACUAUCCGCCUGGAAAAUGAUAUUUAUGCUUUGCUUGAUUGUCAACCACAUUUGGGUGAGGCCAAUAGACUGAUCCAGGAAUUAAAUGUCACUAAUGGCUUAUAUAGUUUUGUCAGAACUAUGAGAGCGAAAUUUCAAGAGGUUGCAGCUGUUGGUACUGGAAGUUUACCUAAAAUUGCUUCUAAUCCUCAAGAAACCACCUUAAUAUCCAUGUCUGCCCCAUUAUCUUCAGUCUCAACUGAAAGUGGAUCCUCUGCAAAGGAUGAUCACUCUAGACAAGCCAACAGAGUUGGCAAGAAACUUAGAAGUAUACACGGGAUACAAUCGUCAGUUUUGUCCCCUGGAUCUGCAUCAUCUCUACGCCGAUCCCCACGGUUCAAGGUAAAGAAAUGAGGAUGUAGGCAGCUGUAUUCUCAUCACCAUCUUUCGUGCUUCUUGCUAUGUGCGCUUGCUCCAGUAUAUUUUCUUUAACUGAUUAUUCGUAAACUGUAAUUGGUGGCAAAUUUACUUGUUUGCUUGUUAGUACAAAUCUCAAUGAGGAGUCAACGAGUGGGCAAUUGUAAUUUUAACUGAUCAAGUUCAUCAAAUGUGUGCAAAUGUUGAUGUAAGCUGAGCCUCUUUUUUGUUUUAUACUCGUAAAUGACACCAUGUUAUUAGCUAUUUAUACAAUACAAAUGUUCUCUUUCC